AUGUGGUUAGUCAGUGAGCGUCGGGGUCGAGCCGACGGCAGCGAGGAGCACGAGGCACGAAGCGCGGGAGAGCCGCGCUGCUCGAUCAGCCAGCGGACCGGCCACAGCACGGUGGAGUUUAAGAACGCGGCGUGCGCGGGGGCCAUCGAGCCACCCGCGCCGCCACUCUCCUCCUUGCCAGAUCCGCAGCAGUUCAACAUAUUCCCGGCCUUCUUCAGCCGCCAGCUAAACUUCAGCGGCGGCGGCGGUCAGGGUUCUAAGAUCAUGGAGGAAUUGAGGCCGAAUCUAGUUGGAGGAUUGCUCGGCGUGCCGGGGUUGUUGGAUGAACAUCAAUCGGACGCCAAGUUCCUACCAUCGGGUGCUGAGAGUAAAUACACACCAGAUAAAGGAAGGAAAUGCAGUAACGCUUCCUCGUCGUCUGCGGAGGAGUUUGGUGGCCUUUACGGCGGCGACCACGCGGCUACACCUCCUGCACCACCUCUUAGUAGAUCCCUACAAGAUCACACAGCUGAAGGAGCGUUCAAGAAAUUGAAGCCUGAACCAGGCGGGGCAGUAACUGGUGGUACUUCAGCAUUGUCACCGUCGCUUGGGCCUCAGCAUGCUGGUCAUACCCCAACAACUGCCUCGUGCCCCACACCAGCCAGAAGACGCCAUAGAACCACAUUUACACAGGAACAAUUAGCUGAAUUGGAGGCAGCCUUCGCAAAAUCACACUAUCCUGACAUAUAUUGCAGAGAGGAACUGGCGCGGACGACGAAACUUAACGAAGCGAGGAUACAGGUUUGGUUCCAAAACCGUCGCGCAAAAUACCGCAAACAGGAGAAGCAGCUCCAGAAAGCGCUUGCACCUGCUGUAUUGCCGGGCUGCAAUGGAAUGAUGCGGAACAUCCAAGGAUACAGAGGGUACCAGCCGUACCCACAUCCUAACACCAUCAAUAGAUAUCCACAGCACCACGGCAGUUACGAAGAACUUCAAAAGGACAUAUUCUCGUUAUCCCAAAUGGGCGGAGGGUCGUAUCCGAUGCCCCAAGGCUUUUCUAUGGGACACGGUGCCAACAUGAGCGCCGUAGGCAUGAGACAGGAUACCAUGGGCAUGACAGCUGAGGAUGAGUGGUACAACAAAUCGCUGUCCGCUCUACGGAUGAACAGCGUGAACAGCCACGCGAACCUUCCCGCGCCAAUGUUACAAUACCAAACCUAA